ACUACUACAAAAAAAAUUAAGACAAAGAAAGAAGAUAAAUAGUAACAAAAUAAAUAAAAAGAAAGUUAAAAAAAAAAAAUAAAGAAAACUCAAGAAAAAAACAUAAUUUCCUUGUAGAGACUUUGAACUGAAGUGACAAAUGGAAAAACAAAACACAAGAGACACACGCAGCCAUGACCACCCACGCCUCCAUCUCCCUCCGUCUGGCCGCCCACGCACGCUCCCUCACGCCCACCUCAGACCGCCCGCCGCCGCCCACCUCUUCCCCUGUCUCACCUGCCGCCUUUCAUGAAGAUCUGCUCAGCGUUGCUAGUAAUGAAGAAGGUAAUGAAGGAGGAGGUGAAGGAGGAGGAGGGGGAGGCGUCACCUGGCGGGGGCACAGGAGAGCCGCCACCGCCUCUGCUGCCGCCACCGCCUCCCGGAGUCUAAGCCCCACCAAGGACGCCUCCACCAGGGCGUAUUUGAGAAGGGUUCGCUCCCUGUCCAGAGAGAACAAGCAGCGGCAGGAGGCUCGGGAGCGCGAGGUGCGACGGCAGGAGCUGGAGGAACGACGGCGGCGGGAGCACAUACUGAUCGAGCGGAAAAAGGAGCGAGACACCCUCAUGUCCAGGUUCCUGCGCGAGCCGUUGCGUCAGGCCCGGGAAGCCAAGAAGGCGUCCUGCUCCCUCAGGAGCGACGAAGCGGGGGAGGAGGCCAAGGUGCGCAUGUGUCAGUCUGUGCCCAACCUAGACGAGGCACUGCGGCUCGCACGGCGCGAGGACCAGGCCCUGGACGCACGGGCGUGCGCCUUCCAGAGCCCCCCACAGCGGCGACGACGUCCCCUGGAAGAAGGACCCACGUGUGACCGUUUUGUUCGUGCACACGCUCGCCUGCCUCUCACCCGCCGCGCCCCAGUGCCCGCGACGCGCCCCUUCCCUCCGGGCACCUCUGAGGUCAUCCGAGAGAACCAGAAGCCCUAUCCCACGCUGCCCCCGGACGAGUUGGAGUCCCGCAUGAGGCGGCGCGGGCGACGUAGCAGCAACGAGAGUGUUGUGAGGGGCAGCAGCGGCGCGCACCCCUUGAAGGCCCGCACGGAGGCGCUGCCACAGGGCCUGCCCGCCGUGGACAGCCAUGUGGUGGUGCUGCCGCGUCCCAGGCUGGACCGCCGCAGCUCCAUGCCAGAUCUGAGAGACUUCCGGUGCGUGAGCUCCACCGUGGUGUACGAAACCAUCGCGGCGCUCAGCAGCCUCGGGGCAGCGCGUGGCCUGCUGGUGGUGCCCCCUGUCUCAGCCUCCUCGCCCUCGUCCCGCAUGAAGGCCUCGCCAGAGCCCCCGCAGCGCUGGGCCAAGAGGAUGAACGAAUUCAUAGAAGCAGAGACACAAGCGGUGUUGCGGGAUAGCCCGCUGCUGGGGCCUUCGGGGCCCGGCUCGGCAGGAUCUGCUGGGGCCUUGGGACGGCGGUCACAGAGGCGAGAGUGGGUCUCCAAACACUCAUCGGUAAAGACGCUCCAGAAGAACAUCCUCUCUGCGAGCCUGACGGACUCCGCCAGCCAGACAGAACACCUGCUGCGCCCUCCCUCCCCAGGCGUCCACCGCCGCGGCGCCCCGGGCAGUGACCAGGAGUACUAUGACAGCCUAGAGGAAGACGACGGCCGCGCCUCCUCCAACCAAGGCUCCCACCUCGCCUUCUACGUGCCCAUCAAGGACCAAGCCUCGCGGGAAGUGGCCUUCAGCCCAACGCUGCCCCCACGACUCUCGGCCCGCCUGGAGGAACGCCGCACCACCCUACCCCGCCGCCCCCCGCCUGCCCCGCCCCUGGCUCUCACAGGAACCCGUGUGCCCUUGCUCAGUGAGGCCCCACAGGUUCCUACCCCCGGCACAGAGGAGACCACCGCCGGGCAGGACUCCGCCACCGCGUGGCAAGAAGCUGCGGCAGUCACGGCUGUGGAGGAUGCACGGAGCAGCGGCAGCAGCAGUGCCGGAGGGUCCACCAGCAGCGAGUCAGACAUUCAGGACAGCGCACGGGUGGCUUUCGUGCGGCAGCAGGCAGCGGCCAUACCCUCCCCCACUUCUCUCUCCUCCAUCUCGGACAUCGUGGCGGUGUCCACCCCUACCACCUCGCCUCAUCUCCACCCUGCAGUGGACGCCCCAUCCUCCACCCUGGCCGCUCCCCAGGCAUUGCAGGACGGACCACGGGUUUCCCCAGACGGUACUUCCAGUUUCCCGCCGCCCUUCGACCCUGACCCCCUCACACAAGACUCCACAGCACUUCCUGUCCACACAUCUGCUGCACCUGAGGAAAACCGCACAGUGAUGAACGGCGAUGCGACGAUGAGCCCUCAGUCACCCGCUCCCAUCCCCAGGACUGAAGGAAGCCCCCAGCAGCCCCUCAGCCCUAAAACCUCACCCACACCGGUCGUAAAUGGGACAUGCAGCGGGGAGGAGGAGGAGGAGGAGGAGAGGGAGGAGGAGGAAGAAGCGGAGAUCCCUGAAGAGACCCCAGUCAAGGCAGACCCUCCCACUGACGACCCUAAGCAGCAGCGGGAGAGGAUGAGAGGUAACGCGGUAGACGCAGAUGAGGCAGGGGACGACGAGGUGGAGGAGGACGUAUCUCGGGGACUUGAAAGCGUGGACUCCUACGCUGAAGACUACGACUCUGACUCCUUCUUGUCUUAUACGAGGACUUGUAAGACGGAGAGUGACUACAGUGAGGCCGCGGGGAGCCACUCCCUCAGCGAGAGCACCGUUCCUGUGGAGUCAUCGGGCUUGGAGACCAACGAAUCCUGCAGCGAGAGCGAGGGCGGGGCGGAGGCAAGUGAGAGUGUUAUGACGGAGGAGGAGGAGGAGGAGGAGGCAGCCAGUGAAGUGAGUGAAGUGAGUGAGGUGAGUGAGGAGCGGAAAGUUCCGUCCGUACGUGAAAUUGUGGGAUUCGUGUCCAGCGGGAAAGAAAUGUUGCUGGAAAGUGGAUUUGUGGAUUGUGACGCCACGGACGAUGAGGACGCCAGCCACACGGACCCCACGGACACGCCCUCCCUCACUAGUGGCACCACCAUCACCACCACCACCACCACAGACACCAAAGUGAGUAGUAUAGAUGCGAGACAAAUGGAAAUUAAAGAUAGUAAAGAUGGUAGGGAUAGUGACACCACCACCACCACCACCACCACCACCACUAGCAGCACUGUCGAAACCAAAGGAAGAGCUGUUGUUAAUUCAGUUAUUGAAAAAAGUCUUGAAAUUUUAACGCAAACUGAAGAAAAUGGUGAUGAUAGUGAGGCUGGAAGUGGUGGUGGUGGUGGUGGUGAUGGUAGUGAUGAUGGUGAUAGUGGUGAAAGAAAUGCAGAAGAGAGAGAGGACAUGGAAAUAAUGAAAAAUAAUGUUAAUGAUUCCAAAGUGACAGACACAGUACCUGAUUCAACAGAAAACGCGUUGCAGGUUGGACAGAGGAACACCGGAACGGAACACGAUGGUGACGAAGGGAACACGGACACGGAACGCACCAUUGAACAGGGGAACGCCGGAACGGAACAUGCCACGGACACGGAACACGCAGUUGAACAGGGGAACGCAGGAAUGGAACACGACAAGCAGGUAAAUGAUAAAGAGGAAACAGAAACAGGUGUGGAUUCUGAACAGAGGAACACUGGAACGGAACACGGAGAAAGGGGAAUUGUAACUGAGGAUGAGAAUAAUGAUGAACAAAUGGACGAAGAAAAUGAAGAGGAGAAACAGACAGUAGAUGAUGACACGGAAGCAAAGAAUAAAGAAGAAAGUAACUUAAAUGAUGAGGAGGAUAAAGACAAUAUAGAUGAGAGAGAAGGUAACAUAGACGCCAAAGAAGAGGACAUGGAAGAUGAAAAUAAAGAGAAGGAUCAAGAGAAUAAAGAUAAUGACGAGGAUACACAAGAGGAAGCGGAAACAAACACAAACAAACAGGAAGUGGCAAUAGAUGUAAGCGAGGACACUAAUGUAGGUGAAGAGGAGGAAGAGGAUGAGGACGGGAGUGAUGGGACAGAGGACUCCUGGGACAGAGUGACGGUGAUCAGAGCGCUUUCCGUCAGUUGUCCAACCACUCCUGAACUCCAGAUUUCUGACACUACACCACCUGACGCAGACGAGGACACCAACACGGCUCCUGAGGUAGACGAGGACACCCAAGACACCCACACAGUUCUUGAUACAGAUGAGGAUACUCACACAGCUCCUGACGCAGAGGAAGACGCCCACACAACUCCUGAAGCAGAUGAGGACACCCACACAGCUCCAGAUGCAGAUGAGGACAACCCUUCACUUCCUAACGCUGACGAGGACAUCCAAGUAACACCUCCUGACGAAGAUCAAAACAGCCAAGCAACACCUGAAGAGGAUCAGAACACUCACACAACUGAAGACACUUACACGGUUCCUGACGCAGACGAGUGCACUCAAGCAACACCUGACGAAGACCAUAACACCCAAACAACACCUGACGAAGACGAAAACACCCAAAUAACUCCUGACGAAGACGAGGGCACCCAAACAACACCUGACGAAGACGAGAACAUCCAAAUAACUCCUGACGAAGACGAGAACAUACAAAUAACUCCUGGCGAAGACGAGAACACCCAAAUAACUCCUGACGAAGACGAGGGCACUCAAACAACACCUGACGAAGACGAGAACAUCCAAAUAACUCCUGACGAAGACGAGGGCACUCAAACAACACCUGACGAAGACGAGAACAUCCAAAUAACUCCUGACGAAGACGAGAACAUCCAAAUAACUCCUGACGAAGACGAGAACAUCCAAAUAACUCCUGGCGAAGACGAGGACACCCAAAUAACUCCUGACGAAGACGAGGGCACUCAAACAACACCUGACGAAGACGAGAACAUCCAAAUAACUCCUGACGAAGACGAGGGUACUCAAACAACACCUGACGAAGACGAGAACAUCCAAAUAACUCCUGACGAAGACGAGAACAUCCAAAUAACUCCUGACGAAGACGAGGCCACUCAAACAACUCCUGACGAAGACGAGAACAUCCAAAUAACUCCUGACGAAGACGAGUGCACUCAAGCAACACCUGACGAAGACCAUAACACUCAAACAACUCCUGACGAAGACGAAAACAUCCAAAUAACUUUUGACGAAGACGAGGGCACUCAUACAACACCUGAUGCACACGAGGACAUCUAUACUGCUCCUGAAGUAGACGUGACCACACAAACAGGCCCUGACGAAAACCAGAACACCCACACAGCUCCUGACGAAGACGAAAACACCAAAACAGCACCUCCUGACGCAGACACACACACAUCCACACCACCCACACACAACACAGACGACCCUGGUGGCGAUGUACCUGUAGAAGGAGACCUCCUAGACCCACAGGAACCCCGAGAGCCCCUCAACCAACAUGAUCUUCUGCAGGAGGAUAUAUUCAGAAUGACAGCCGCCCUACCUCAGUCCAGCCUUCAGGAGGACACCAGCUCUGGCCUCUCCACUAUCGACGAAGAUGAGGAGUUUACAGACCCUUUAGUUCCUCCACAGCGGCCUUCGUCAGCAGAAAACGAGAUGGAAGAGGAAGAAAACGGAGAAAUGAAGGAGGAAGAUGUUGUAUUAGAUGUAAAGAAGGAGGAGGUUAAGGAGGAUAAAGAGAAGGAAGAGGAGAAGAAUGAAGAGAAGAAAGUGGAGGAGGAUAAAGAGGAAGAAAAGGAAGAGGAUAAGAGUGAAGAGAAAAAACAUGUAUUAGAUAAAGUGGACGUAGAAGACACUGUUGAAAAUAAAGAGGAGGAAGAAGAGAAAAACAAGAAAUUGAUGAAGGAAAAGAAAAGAAGAAGAAGAAAAAGAAGAAGAAGAAGAAGAAGAAGAAGAAGGAGAGAAAGUAGAGGAGAAAGUCGUAAAAGAAGAAAAGGAAGAAGAGAAAUGAUAAAGGAAAAAAAAGAUGAAGAGAACACGAUGAUUACGAAUGAAACUGACCAAAAAGAAAAUGAUGAAGAGGCGAAAGAUGACACAGAAGAAGAUCACGAAAGUGUGGUACAGGAAGAUAAUAAAGAAAUAGAAAAUAAUGACGAAGAAAAUAAGGAGGAAACGGAGGUUGACGAUAAGAAUGGGGAAGAGAAAGGAAAUGAUGAUAAUGAGGACGAGAGAGAGAAAAAUGAAGAAGGAAAGGAAAAUGAUCUCGCUAAAAUGGAGGAAGAGGGAGUGGAGGAAGAUAAGACGAGAAAAGUGGAGGAAAAGAUAAAGGAGGACGAGGAGAAUAGUAAAAAAGAAGAAGGAAGUGAAGAGAAGGAUAACGAAGAGAAAAAAGUAGUGAAUGACAGUGAUGGAGUAAUGGAGAAGAAAGAAGUGGAAGAGAAAAAGGAAGAGGAGGUAGAAGAAGAAGAAAUAGAGGUGGAAAACAGUGUAGUGUUAGAAGCAUCCACGCUGGAGGAGGAAGUGGAGGAGAGUGGCACCACUGGUGGCGGAGACAGUCUGUUACAGGAGAAGAGGGGUGAAGACACGGUCGCUGAGGACACCAUUACAGAAGACAUCGGGGAAGGCGUGUCACUAGUGGAGGAAAGCGUGGUGGAGGAGGUAGAGGCUGGGGAGAGCGGAGGCCUGGAUAUGGAGGCUGACAUCAACUCCCUGCUGGAAGCGCUGGAGGAGUCCAUCGUGGAGGUGGUGGAGGAGAGCAUCGUGGAAGAAAGUGAGGAGGGAGAACAGAGGGAGGAGAAGGAGAAUGCCAAGGUGGAGAAGGAGUGUGUGGCGUCGGACAGAUCGGUGCAGGCUGCGAUGCCACCACAGGAGGUACAAGACGCGGCAGACCGGGCAUGGCAGGUUCCUCGCGCGGUGCAGGACUUGCCUAGGGCUGGGGAGCAGCAGUGCGUGGUGGGGCGUCGCGCAGCGACCAGGGCUUUCACCUCCACCCUCAUGCGGGACGGAGGAGACGUCCCCACCCUUUUACUUCCAUCCGAGCCUUGCUCCCCUCCCAGCGAGGGCACGCCGGGCCAAGGAGAAGAUGACCACCCGCUGGACACUUUCCGCGCCGCACUGCCAGACACCUCUGCGGCCUGCUCUCCUGCAGGCGGGAUAGGCAGCGGGACUCGACAGCGGGACGCGUCUUCCUCGAGCGAGUCAGCCCGCGGUGGGGACGAGGCGGAGGGCGCUGUGGCGGGCAACGCCUCCUCCUCUGACUCCGGAGUGGUGGAGAUGGCCAGCAGGGCGCCACGCUCCCCGUCUGAGGCAUCCGCGGAGAGCGUGGGCGGCGUUGGGCGCGGAGGUCCCACAUUCCUUCCUCGAGAAGCGUCCACGGUUGUCGGCAGCCAUGACGGCAGCGCCGCGCCCCGCCAAGCCAUCAGACGUGGCAAGGAACGCGGUCCCGCGGGGCGGAGGGCAGGGGAACCCAGCGAAGCCGUGUCGGGGCGGCCCAGAGCUAGGCCACCAGAUUCCCCGCACGACGUGCCGCAGCAGGAGACCAGGCAGCAGGGGCGGUGGAGAGGCCCCGCGGGACGCAGUGGCCCGGAGGCAUCUCGCCGCCCGAGCAGCGAAACAAGUCGGAGGCGGAGGCCGGGACUGGAGAACGUCUUGCCACGGAGAUGUGACCUUGAGGACUCCCCGAGGGACGCCACCAGUCCCCCAGCCUCCCCCGGGGACCCAACACCCGCCCGCCCCAGCGACUACGAGGCCUCGGAUUCCGGCGAGGCGAGCCACUCUGAGCGGCUCCUGCGCGCCAUGGAGACGCGGCGGGCACGGCGCCGCAGACCGCGCUCCUCGAACAUUGACGCAGAGGACAGCCUUGGCGGUUUCCGUCCCCCGACACUCAGCGCGCUGGACAUGUUUUUAGCUACUCUGCCAAGGUACCGCGGGGGACGCAGCGAGGCCCCCGUGGAGCCAGUGGCGUCACCACCCCCAACAGACGACAACGUGACGGUGCAGGUGCGCGCCGGUCCACGGCAGCACGACGUGCGUGUCACAUCACGGCGACAGGUGCGGCUAGUGGUGGACGUGGGCCCGGGCCAGCCCCCGCCCUCUUCCGACUCUGGCUGCGUGCCUGAUGCCGGCCACGCCCAACGUGCGACACGGCGGACAGGUGGCACGGCGGGCGGGUCUCCCAUGCGGCGGCGCGGACGGCGGCCAGGACGGAGCGAGGCCACGGCUGACGUAGACCAGCUGCUGACUGACGUGCGGGACUACCUCAACACCAAGCUGUCAGGCAGGACUACUGAUGGCGGCGGCGGCGGCGGCGGCGACGGCGGCGGCAGCGGCGCGGCUCCCAUAGUGGUGGAGGGAAGCAACAUUGAGAAAUGCUUCACGGAGCCACCGGCGGGCGGUGGCAGGGCCAGGCUGUACCCCAAAGGUUGCCUUCGUCCCGAGGACCGCAGCGGGCGCGGCCUGGGGGACCCCGGCCUGAAGGAGCAGCAGCGCAUCAAGAACUCUAUCAGCGCCAUCAACUCGUUACUCAAGCAAUUCUCCUGAGCCACGUCUGCCCCUGGGGGGCGUCUCCUGAGGUUGGCCUUGGGCGCCACCUCGUCCUCAUAGCUUCCUUUUCCCAUCGAAGUCAUCCCUCCUUCCCUCCCCCAACAGCUGUGUUCAUCAUCUCUAAAGGACCAAACAAAUUACUCCUGCUUCGAACAUACCACUAGACCACACCAAUGAGUGACCUUCCCGCUUCAGUCCAGGUUACAGGUGUAGCCAUGUAGUGUAGAGACCUGACCAUAGUCUUUGGACCUGACCCUUGUGACAGCUUCCUCAGUGCCUCGGAAACACAAACACAACAUUCCGAGCCACUUAUGCCGUCCAGUGAAGCUCUAACACCUGUGAUAACAUGAAGCACUUAGUUAUAUCUAUAUUUGUAUACCUCCUCGUGUAUAUAUGUAUCCCAGUUAAUACUGUUAUAUAAAGUGCCAUAUUAUUAUCUAUGUAAAUAAAUAUAUUGAAUA